AGAGAGAAAGAGAGAGGAGAGAGAAAAGGGUGGAUUAUUAAAGUGACGGCGGGAGUGAUAUCGGGCGCGUGAGGUGCGAGACAAAAGUGUUAAUCGGGUAGCGGCAUCGAGGAUAGCGCGAGCCUGAGGAUGGAUCGACGACUCUCGUCCACGUGAUAUUGACGAGGGCGGAUGAGAAGCAGCGCCGCAGGCUCUGGUCGAGUCGCCCGUAGUAGCCCUUUGGUUCGUAAAGAGUCGAGCCCGCCGAGGAUGGCCGGACCGUCCCGCGGUCUCCGCAGUCGCGGUGCCAUCGCUCCACCGAUCCUACGGCUCCAACCGCCGACGGCACCGCCACAGCAGCCGCCGCUCCUGCUGUUACUGCUGUGGCUACUCGCCGGCCUCGGAGCCGCGCGCGCCUCCUGCCACUGGGCCACCGACGGCAACGAGACCCGCUCGGCUGUCUGCAGCCUGCGCACCCUUGACCCAGCCGCCCUGGCCGCCCUCUCGCCCUCCCUCGACGGCGCACUCAAGCUACGGAUUUCCUGCAGCAGCAUCCAUCAUCUCGAGAGCAGCGUGAGCGGCGAGAGCUGGCACCGGCUGGGCGGCCUCCACGAGCUUAGCAUCGAGGGCUGCAAGCUACCGCGUAUCCCCGAGGCCGCGUUCCAGCCCCUCGGCGAGCUCAAGCGGCUGAGCCUCCAGUCGGCGAACGUCGAGUGGGGCCUCAGCCGUAGCCUCGAGCUCGCCGGAGACGCUUUCGCGGGCCUCCGCGAGCUCCAGGUCCUCGAGAUCGUCGACAGUAAUCUUCGAGCGCUACCGGCCAACGCGCUCUGCGGCCUCGGCAAUCUCCAGGUGCUCAACCUCACGGGCAGCCAGUUCGCGAACGUGAGCGACGUCGGCCUCGCCGACGGCCGCGCCAAUCGCGCCGACUGCCACACUGACAUCCGUGCCCUCGACCUCUCGCGCAACGAGCUACGCAGCCUCCCCGAGGAGAGCUCUCUCUCGGGGCUCCGCCAGCUCCAGGAACUCAUGCUCCAGCACAAUCUCAUCGACGAGAUCGCGAGCGACGCUCUCACGGGACUCACGAGCCUCCGCGUCCUCAACGUCAGCUACAACAGCCUCGGCUCGCUGCCCAACUCCCUGUUCGCAAGCACCCGCGACCUCCGCGAGAUUCACCUGCAGUUUAAUCAGCUGCGCGAGCUGCCGCGCGGCACGUUCACGCGGCUCGAGCAGCUCCUCGUCCUUAAUCUCGCGGGCAACCGACUCGGCAGCGAGCACGUAAACGAGACGAGCUUCGUCGGCCUCAUACGGCUCAUCGUCCUCGACCUCUCCUACAACACGCUCACCCACAUAAGCGAGCUCAUGUUCAAGGACCUCUUCUUCCUGCAGAUCCUCGAUCUCAGGAACAACUCGAUUGGUCAUAUCGAGAGCAACGCCUUCCGGCCCCUCUACAAUCUCCACACCCUCGAGCUCUCGGACAACAGACUACACGCGGUCGGGCCCCAGCUCUUCAACGGCCUCUUCGUCCUCAAUCGGCUGACGCUCUCGGGCAACCUCGUCGCGAGCGUCGAUCCCGUUGCCUUCCGCAACUGCUCGGAUCUCAAGGAGCUCGAUCUCAGCGGCAACGAGCUCGUCAGCGUCCCCGAGGCCCUGCGCAACCUGAACUUCCUCAAGACCCUCGACCUCGGCGAGAACAGGAUAACGGAGUUCCACAACGGCUCGUUCCACAAUCUCCAUCAGCUGACGGGUCUGCGCCUCAUCGGCAACGAGAUCGGCAAUCUCACCCGCGGCAUGCUCUGGGACCUGCCCAAUCUCCAGAUCCUCAAUCUCGCGCGCAACAAGGUCCAGCAUGUCGAGCGCAACACCUUCGAGCGCAACACCCGUCUCGAGGCAAUACGACUCGACGGCAAUUUCCUCUCGGACAUUAACGGCGUAUUCGCGGGUAUAGCGAGCCUCCUGCUGCUCAACCUCUCCGAGAACCACAUCGAGUGGUUCGACUACGCCUUCAUACCCAGCAAUCUCAAGUGGCUCGACAUCCACGGCAACUUCAUCGAGAAGCUCGGCAACUAUUACAACAUCCGUGACCAGAAGGUGCGCACCCUCGACGCGAGCCACAACCGCAUAACCGAGCUCACGCCCCUCUCCGUGCCCGACAGCGUCGAGCUCCUCUUCAUCAACAACAACUACAUAAGUAGCGUCCGACCCAACACCUUCACUGGCAAGAUCAAUCUCACCCGCGUCGACAUGUACGCCAACAUGAUCGAGACCAUGGAGCUCACCUCCCUACGUCUCACCCCCGUACCGGAGUCCAAGCUACUACCCGAGUUCUACAUCGGCGGCAAUCCCUUCAACUGCAACUGCUCCAUGGACUGGCUGCCCGUCAUCAACAACAUGAGCGCCCUGCGCCAGCAUCCCCGCGUCAUGGAUCUCGACAAUGCAAUGUGCCGAGUCUCGGGGCCCCGAGGCACCGGCGUCGUGCCCGCCUCGAUGGCCCGGCCCGAGCAGUUCCUCUGUCGCUACGAGGCCCACUGCUUCGCCCUCUGCCAUUGCUGCGACUUCGACGCCUGCGACUGCGAGAUGACCUGCCCCUCGGACUGUAAGUGCUACCACGACCAGACCUGGAACACGAACGUCGUCGACUGCUCGGGCCUCGGGGCCCGCGAGAUACCGAGGCGCAUACCCAUGGACGCGACCGAGGUCUACCUUGACGGCAACGAUCUCCGCGAGCUACAGAAUCACGUGUUCAUCGGCCGCAAGAACAUGCGCGUCCUCUACGCGAACGCGAGCGGCAUCGAGUCCAUCCAGAACCGCACCUUCAACGGCCUCAACAACCUCCAGGUCCUCCACCUCGAGGACAACCGGAUUCGCGAGCUCAGGGGCUUCGAGUUCGAGCACCUCGCCCACCUGCGGGAGCUCUAUCUCCAGAACAACCUCAUCGGCUACGUCGGCAACCUCACGCUACUGCCGCUUCGCUCGCUCGAGGUUCUGAGGCUCCACGGCAACCGCCUCGUCACCUUCCCCGUCUGGCAGGUCAGCCUCAACACACGUCUCGCCGAGCUCUCCCUCGGCGGCAAUCCCUGGUCCUGCCGCUGCAAGUUCCUCCAGGAGCUCACGUCCUUCGUCGCCGACAACGCACACAAGGUCGUCGACGCGGUCGACGUCUCCUGCUACGAUGCGCGCUCUGCCUACCGGCACCGCCUCAAUCUCAACGAGACCGCCUGCUCGGACUUCUUCGCUCAGGGCGGCGUCAUCGAGAGCAUCAUGGUCUCGGACUACCUGCCCAUGGUAGCGGCCACUCUCUCGGCCGUCCUCCUUCUCCUCGUCCUCGCUGUACUCGCCUUCAUAUUCCGCGAGCCCGUGCGCACCUGGGCCUACUCGCGUUACGGUUUACGCCUCUGGGCCAAGGCCGCCGCGCCCGAGGACAAGGAGCGCCUCUACGACGGCUACGUAUGCUACAGCCCCAAGGACGAGGACUUUGUCCUGCAUAGUCUCGCUGCCGAGCUCGAGCACGGCGUCGGUGGGCUGCGACUCUGCCUUCACCACCGUGACCUGCCCUGCCUGCGCGCCGCUGCGCCCCUCGUCCUCGAGGCCGUCGAGGCCUCGCGGCGCGUCCUCAUCGUCCUCACGCGCAACUUCCUCCAGACCGAGUGGUCGCGUUUUGAGUUUCGCGCUGCCCUCCACGAGGCACUGCGCGGCCGACCGGCCCAGCUUCUCGUCGUCCAGGCAGGCCCCGUCGCCCAGGAGGCCGAGAGCGACCUCGAGCUCCGGCCUUAUCUACGCAGCGCCCUCGUCCUUCGCUGGGGCGAGAAGAGGUUCUGGGAGCGGCUGCGUUACGCGAUGCCGUCGAGCGACGCGCUGGGCCGCGGCUGCUCCUCCUCCCUCUAUCGGCGCAACGUCAACACCUACACCCUGGAGGGCCGGCCCGAGAAGGGCGGCACGAGCCUCGGGGUUGCCGAGCACAUCGCCGCGGGCCAGCACGCCCUCUUCAAGGAGGCUGCGGAGCUCAUGCAACCACCGCCUGCCUACUCGAGCGCGGCGACCCUCGCUCGGGGCUCCGGACCCUGCUCCGGCCCCGGAAUCAGGGCGACAGCACCCACGGCCGCACCCAGUCCCCGGCUGACGAUGAAUCGAGCUUAUCAGGAGCCCUCGGUCGACGGCCCAGCCGAUGGAAGCAGGAGGCCGCUCUCCGAGCACAUCUACUCGUCCAUCGACUCGGAUUAUUCGACUCUCGAGAGGACUGCCUGGAGACAGCAAGGCCCGCCCCCUCACGUACAGCAGCACCAGCAACAGCAACAACAACAACAGCAGCAGCAACAACAGCAAUCCGGACAAGCGUACCUCGUCUAGUUACGUAAUGACGGAUGUCGGGAACGCGUGCACGAAUCGUCAGCGACGAGGGUUCCGUUAGACGCUCC